CAUGCAGUAGCUGGAUAUCAGGCAAUAGCUCACGGGCUUUCUUUGUUUUUCUUUCUUCUGAAGAAUGCUUUGAAGAACGGGGAGUGUUCAGAGCCUUCGGACAAGCAGGAGCAGUGCUCGGGGACGAAGAGAAAAAACAACAAAAAAAACCGAAGUAGAAAGAAAAGCAACACAACGCUAUCAAAACAGUGGAAAGUUGGUGACAGCUGUAACGCUGUUUGGUCUGAGGAUGGCAAUGUAUACCUAGCAACUAUUGCCUCAAUUAAUCAGAAGAGGGGGACAUGCGUUGUCAUUUACACUGGAUAUGGAAAUAAGGAAGAGCAGAACCUCUCUGAUUUACUUCCUCCAGCCAACGAUGAAACAGUAAAUGAGAUGGGGAAUUCUGGGGAGAAUGAGAAUGAGACUCAAUAUUCAACAGAUGAAAGUGAAAAAUCUUCCCAGUCACCUCGAAACAAAAACUGCGCAAAAGCUAGAUUCUCUCCUCGAAACUCACGUUUUCCCAUACCCCCUGCAGCUCCAGGCCUGGGAAAGCUUGGAUCAAAAUUCAGUGCCUCUCCACCAUUUUUGUCAUGCUGGCCCCCACCCUUCCCAACAGGACCACCGCUGAUUCCUCCUCCACCACCUAUGGGGCCAGAUUCUCCUGAGGACGAUGAAGCACUGGGGAGUAUGUUGAUAGCCUGGUACAUGAGUGGCUAUCACACUGGGUAUUACCUGGGUUUAAAGCAGAGUCGAAUGGAAGCUGCUCUAGAGAGAGAACCCCAUUCUAAAUAACUGAAUAUCCAUCACUGCCUUGAAGGAUUCCAGGUACAGAUCUCUCCCACGGAGAGGGGUAUAUCACUUGUGAAUUGGUUGAUGGUGAAGAGCAGAAUUUUAUCAAGACAACCUUAACGUUUUGUUAAUAGUGAUAACUAGUAGACAAAUUACUGGAGACUAGUAAUUCUAUGUGCAUUGAAACAGACUAUUUCUUAAAGACCUCCAGUCAAACGUAUAUUUAGUAAGUACUGCAGCAAUAAAAUGCUCUUUAGCUCCUUGAAACAAUUUUAAGCCUAAUGUGAAUUAAAAAAAAAUACUUGCUAGAUUUCUUUCAUUCCUCAAUUUAACACCUCUUGUAACUAUUUUAUCUUGUACUCCUUAGACUUUUGAUCUAAAUUUCUUGAUCUGAAUUACAAUCCCAGUGCUUUUCAAUAGAACAAGCAAGUACAGUAUUUUCUGCCAAGACACAGUAGGGCAGCAGUGUAUGUUACUGUGGCCGCUGAUGGCAAUGACCUGGAAAAUAGUACACCACCAUAUUAAGAGAGAUACCUAUUUUUAUGGUUAGGAUCAGAAUCCUGAAUGAUAGCUGAACUCAAGAAAAAUUAAUCUUUGUUUCACUGUGAAUAAAGUUUACUUUCAAACUUUG